CAGUCUACUUCUCCAGCUGCUGUCAGUAAGCGUGAUAUCACACACGACACACCAGUGAUCUAACUGGUCGAGCAGGUCGAAGUCCCGCCCCCCGGCACACCUUGCUGCCCGCCGAGUCCUCAGCUCAGUCGGAGUGGAGACGGAAGAGAGAGAGCAGAACCAGGAGAAGAAUAAGGAUCAGAACCAGGACUAGAACCUGAACCAGAGAGCUGAACCAGAACCUGAACCAGCUGGACCGCGGCCAUGGCUGUAAAUAAGACCAUCAAGUACCUGCUCUUCUUCUUCAACUUCCUGUUCUGGGUGAGCGGCUGCAUCAUCCUGGGAGUCUCCAUCUACCUGAAGGUCAGCAAGGAUGGAAACGUGGUCACGGGCGAGGUGCUGCCCGGGGUGGACCUGAUGAUCGCCAUCGGGGUCAUCAUCAUGCUGCUGGGCUUCCUGGGCUGCUGCGGGGCCAUCAGGGAGAACCGCUGCCUGCUGCUGCUGUUCUUCAUCAGUCUGCUCCUCAUCUUCAUCCUGCUGCUGGCCGCGGGCAUCUUGGCCGCCGUGGACAAGGAUAAGGUUAAUGACUGGACUAAGGAGCGUCUCAACGACCUCGUUCCUCUCCAAGAUAAAACCGCUGAGAUCAAGACGGACGUCCAGAAACUAGAGGCAGAGUUGAAGUGCUGUGGUCUGGCGAGGGGACCAGCGGACUGGGGCGGUGCGAUCCCCUCCUCAUGUCACUGUAACGACACCAGCCAGCCCUGCGAGAGCAUCGCCGGCCAGAUGGUCUACACAACCCCGUGCUCAACCCUUAUCAUCCGGGUCCUGGAGGACAACAUGGUGGUGGUGUUGGGGAUCGCCUUCGCCAUCGCCAUCCUGCUGAUCUUCGGCAUGGCGUUUGCGAUGACUCUCUACUGCCAGAUCGGUAAGAAGGAGGGGCCAACGACGGCCUAGACCACCGAGACUCCGCCCCUCGCCACAGCACAGUCAAUGAUGGUCACGUGACAUCAUUGAACUCUCGCACUGGUCACUGGGCAGCGUGUUAUUAGCUUGAUGUAUGUUAGCUUCAUGUUUAGCUUCUUGUAUGUUUAGCUUCAUGCAUGUUAGCUUGAUGUAUGUUAGCUUGAUUUAUGUUAGCUUGAUGUAUGUUAGCCUCAUGUAUGUUAGCUUCAUGUAUGUUACCUUGUAUGUUUCCUGUUUAUUACUCACGUUAUGUGCAUGAGCGCCAUGUGCUAUCAUGCUACUGCGCAGAACCAAGCCCCCUCGGGUUCCCAUAAGCUGUGCUUAGCAUUGUGUGCGCUAUGUGUUUUGUCUCCACCAGGGGGCAGUGUUCAUUAUUAUUCCCCUCUGUGUUUGUGUCAGCAUGUGUGCAAACAGUCUUGGACCGUAGUCUGUCAAUACGUUUAGUUUAAGUUCUCUCAUCGUUUAAGGUAAAUCUACAGCCAAUAUGCAUCUAAAUUAUACCAACUGUCAGAUUCUCUCGCCUCACUGCCUCAUGGUGCUCUUUUAUCUUGGUUGGUGUUCUUUAGUUUUAUACAAGAUUGUGUUGUUGACCUCAGGGGUGACCAGUCCAGCUGGACUGGUUCUCCACUGUCUGUCCAGUUUGAAAGGUCCUCUUGGACGGUGUCUCUCUGAAUAUAAUAAAGUUGAUGAAAGCC